UAAUUUCAUAAAUAUUGAGUAAGGCUGGUGUUAACAUUGUAGAGGGAAAUAUCCUAUCAAUUAAAUAUUAAGUUAACCGGAGCGGAGUAACCGGGUUAAGUUAUAUAUGGAUUUUAAAUUAGCUUCUCGAUUUCCUGUUUAACUACAAACAUGUUAUGAAUACAUAUGUAAAGUGUUAAGAAAAAGAAUCUUAAAAUGUCUAAACCAAAGAAAACAUUCUAAAGAAAACGUUCUAUAUUAAUUAAAUAAUCUUAAAUUGUAAUUUCAUUGUACUCACUAAAUUCUCAGCUAAAAAAGACUUUAACGUUGUGUGAAAUUUAGAAAGCCUUCAUCGAACGUUACCUCAUGAUGAUACAAAAAGUAUAUACAAUACCAGCAGAUACAGACAUUUACCAUAAGCUUCCGCUAGUAGAAGAAAAUGUUGGAUCAUUAUUGGUACUACUUCCAGGUAAUCCCGGAUUAACUAAUUUCUACAAAUGUUAUUUGAAUCUAAUUCAAGAAGCAUUUCCACACUUCGAAAUAUUAUGUCCUAGUAAUGCUGGAUGUGAUCCAGCUUCAAUUCAAUCAUUACAAUUAUACGGAUUAGAAGAUCAAAUUACUCACAAAUAUGAAAUUAUUCGGGAUUUGAUUCAAAGCUCCAACAAGCAAAAUUAUGAUUUAUAUUUCCUUUCGCAUUCAGUUGGAUCAUAUUUUAAUCAAAGAGUAAUAAAAUAUUUACAUGAAGAUCAACUGCUUUCAGGAAAGUAUAGAAUAAAAUUUGUAGGGUUAUUGUUCCCAACAAUUAGAAACAUUGGUCAAUCACAGAAUGGAAUAAUAUUUUCUACUUUGUUUAACUAUACUCCCUUUGUGAGUUUUGCCAUACAUGCAAGUCGGGUUCUUUUCAAAUUAUUUCCGGAACUGUACUUGCGCAAAUUUAUAAAGACUUAUGUAAUUCAAAAGCCAGUAUUGGAUGACUCAGUAUCAUUCCGAAAUUUUGAAAACUCCGUAACAGGAGCUUUAAACAUUAUUAAAAAUCCGGACAUAGUCAAACAAGUUUUGAGCCUUGCUAAGGAAGAAAUGCGAGAUAUUACCGAAGAGAAUGAGAUCAAUGAUUGGUUUUUUGGCAGGAAAUUUGACCCAGAAGCCAAGAUUUGGGUUUAUUUUGGUGACUCUGAUCGUUGGGUCAAUCAUCAAACUAGAGAUUUUUUAGUAAAACGGUAUUAUGAGAAAAGUAAUAAAGAAGUAAUAUUUGAGAUAGCCCAUGCCAAGGAGGGUAUUACACAUAGCUUUUGUGUUGAUAAAAGUGUUGAGUUCUCACGAAUCACCAUCGAUAUAUUAAAAAGUUUCUUCAACGAUACGGCGUAAUUUGUCAAUUAAGUUUUUAUGUAGAACUAAUUAAUUUAUGGCUCAAAAAAAUGACUACGAGUCAUAAGGUAGUGCGCCGUAAUAGUUUAAAGGAUGAUUUUGAAUCAUUUUGACUCAACGCUGAUUCAACAUUUUUUUUUUUGCUA